GUACAUCAAUAGACAAGGACUCAAGAUGAAAGAACAAAAUAAAUCAAGAGGCGGCUGGAGGGAAGGCUGAGUUUCAUUCUGCUGACACUCCCGUCCUCCUCAUGGUCUUGCCUAAAUCUUCCGGCAUGACCCAGAGAGAGACUGCACGGAGCGCCCGGCCGGCGACGAAGCUCCGCCCCUACCCAGGCUGGGUGACUCUUGCCGCUUCCCAGCCCAGCGACCGCAAAGCUCUUGGCCGCGUCUCGACCGCCCCGCUGAGCGGGCCACGUCGGGGGGCGGCGCGCAGAAGGACUGGAGGGGAACAGCCGCGCUUCCCGAUCCAGAAGCCCAGGAAGGACUCAGCUGAGCGCGGCCGGUGGGUGGGGGGUGCGGCUCCCUGCACUGCCUGCGGCACCAACCACGUCCGGCGCAAAGAAGGGAGAGGCGGAGGAAGGCGCAGCAGGCGAAGAGGGAGAGAGCAAAGCCGGCUGCCUGGACGGAGGCACUUCGAUCGCCGGCCGGAGGCUGGAUGCUCGGCGGGGCGGGGCGGCAGCUGACGCUCUUCUUCCCCCGCUCAGCCUGGCUCAAGGGCCAGGCGCAAAGAGAGCGCCGGGUCCUUUUCCUACUUCCAGCCCCCGGACACCGCGGACAGAUCGGACCCCUUUGCCUUGGCGCUGAGUUCCUGGGAGGAUGAGCCAGCAGGAUGGAGAGCAGUCCAACAUCUCUCAUUCUCUUUUUGAUGCCUUUGUCCAUGCUAAGCAGUGCAAAGAAGUGCUCAGCAGUUUUGAAGCACUGUGUAGACAUCUGGGCCUGGAACACACUGGAAGGAUCCAGUUCUAUCAUGAGCUUAAGUCUAGCCUCAACUAUUGGAGUGCCAAAGCUUUGUGGACUAAGUUGGACAAGAAAGCUGGGCACAUAGUCUAUGAUCAGGGGACAGCAUGUGCCAACACUAAGUGCCUGAUCAUUGGGGCAGGCCCCUGUGGUCUCCGUUCUGCAAUUGAGCUGGCCUUUCUUGGAGCCCAAGUGGUGGUGGUAGAGAAGCGAGACACCUUUUCCCGGAACAAUGUGCUGCACCUUUGGCCUUUCACCAUCCAGGACGUGCGGGCCCUGGGAGCCAAGAAAUUCUACGGCCACUUCUGUACGGGCUCCUUGGAUCACAUUAGUAUCCGCCAGCUGCAGCUCAUCUUGCUGAAAGUCGCCUUACUUUUGGGGGUUCAGAUUCACACCAAUGUGCAGUUCAAAGGGCUUAUUUCUGACCAUUACUGUCUGUGUUGGUCUCCUUCCAUCCGUUUCCUAGACUUUUCUCUUGUAUGUUCAUUCCUAGGCUUUAAGCGGAAGGAGACUCGUGGGAAGUUGGCCAUUGGCAUCACCACCAACUUCAUUAAUCACCAUAGCCGGGCUGAGGUGGAGGUGGCUGAGAUCAGUGGAGUAGCUCGCAUCUACAACCAGAAAUUCUUCCAAAACCUCUAUAACAAAACAGGUAUUGACUUGGAAAAUAUUGUCUACUAUAAAGAUGAUACUCACUACUUUGUCAUGACGGCCAAGAAACAGAGUCUACUAAAGAAAGGGGUCAUCUUAAAUGACAAGCUGGACAUAGAGAGCCUGCUGUCUGCCGAGAAUGUGAACCAGGAAGCUCUUCUUGCUUAUGCAAAGGAAGCUGCCAACUUUUCCACCAACUACCAGCUCCCCAAUUUGCGCUUUGCAUUGAACCACCGCAACCAACCUGAUGUUGACAUGUUUGACUUCACCUGCAUGAGCCGCUCAGAUAAUGCAGCUUUGGUGCGUGACUGCAAUGAUAGUAAGCUGCUCAUCGGAUUGGUGGGAGACUGCUUGGUAGAACCAUUCUGGCCCUUGGGCACUGGUGUAGGUAGAGGCUUCCUGGCAGCUUUUGAUGCAGCCUGGAUGGUGAAAAGAUGGGCCUCGGGGACCUCUCCCUUGGAUGUGCUGGCAGAAAGAGAAAGCUUAUAUCAGCGGCUGUCACAGACUUCGCCUGACAACACCAACAAAAACAUCAGUCAGUACAGCAUUGAUCCUACUACACGGUACCCAAACAUCAACCUUCAAGCCAUCAAGGCCUCUCAGGUUCGCCACCUUUAUGUGACAGGAGAAAUUGAAAUGGACCAGAAGAAGAGGAGAAGUCAUGCUGGCUCAGAAAUAGUUUAUAGAGAUGCCAACAGAGCCUCCGAAGAGCUCCUUAGCUGGUGUCAAGCUAACACAGUCAGUUACCAUAAUGUGAAGGUAAAGGACUUCACACACUCUUGGAAAAGCGGCCUAGCCUUGUGCGCCCUCAUACAUCAUUUUCGACCAGAUCUUCUAGAUUUCAGGUCACUGGACGGGAAUGACCCCAUUGGGAACAACCAGCUGGCAUUAGAUGUGGCUGAACAGGAGCUGGGCAUCCCUCCAGUCCUCUCCAGCACUGAAAUGGCUUCGAUGUCUGAGUCAGAACAGCUUGGCUUGAUCACUUACCUGAGCCAGUUUCAUGAUGCCUUCAAGAGUUCUCCAGAGCCAGAGGAGGAGAUGGCUAAAUCUUCAAUGCUACGUGGCACCAAAGGAGCCAUCCUUUUCCUUAGCAAGCUUCAGAAAAGUCUGUCCCUUUCACGCAAAAGGAACUUGGAGAGCUCUGCGGGGGAUGCACAAACAAAGAAGACAAAGCAAGAGGCAGGGAGCCCACCUCUCUCUCCUGUGAGGAGCAGCGAUGCCUGCUAUAUUUGUGGAGAACACGUGUACAUUGUAGAGCGAGUCAGCGCAGAGGGGCGCUUCUUUCACCGUGGCUGUUUCCAGUGUCACCACUGUAAGACCACUCUGCGACUGGGGGACUUUGCCUUCAAUGAGGAUGAUGGUAAUUUCUACUGCAGCCUCCAUAUUUCAGCCGCCACAGAUAGAACUACACCCAGUGACAGAACCUCCAUUAAAGAAGAAGAGAAAGGCUCCUCUGAGGUGGGCAGUCCUUCAGAUGAAGGAAUACUGAAUUUGGAUGCUGAGGAAGAUAGGAUGGAAACAGAUUCAGAUGAGAAAAGUCUAUCUUCCGUCUUGGAUCAGCUGCCAGGAGGCCAACCUGAAGAACUUUGGAAGUCAACUGAUGAUGACACCAGCCUAUCUCCAUCCAGGGAAGAUGGAGACUCUCCCACAAUUAAUUCAUCACAGCACUUGCAUCAUCAGUCCUCUGUUGCAGGGGAUGUGGAAUUGGGGAGCUUUGUUCCUGAGACCAGUUUAGCUUCACAGGCUGUAGAUAAAAGUGUAGCCGAUGGCAGGACUGAUCCUAAAAAAACACUUGAUCUAAGAAAUUGGACUGAUGGCCAGUUGCUGAGAGAGGCAGAUGGACAAUUCGUGAGAGAAGAGCAAGGAACUGGUGUAAACCCUGCCAUUUCUAGCAAAGUGCUAACUGCUCCUCAACUAGAAUUAGAACAGGAAGAGCCUGGAAAUGCUCAGAGGAGAAGGAUUUACCUGUCAACUCUGGAAAAACAUGAAUUAUCCAGGCUGAGUCCUACUUCAGAUUCGUUUCAUUUUCCAGAUAUGAUUCUGGAAGAAUCCAGCAUCAACAAAGAUUCUCUGGACAUUGAAAGUGACAGUGAAGAGGAUGAGGAGGAAGAAGAGGAGGAAGAUGAUGACUCUGGAGCACAGAUUCAAUUCCUGAGUUUGGGGGAAGGAGGUCAAUAUCCAACGUGGAAAAAGACACUGAUCCGACGGGCCAGGGAUGCACAGAUGAAGAGGUUUUGCAAAGCUCAGUCAAUCCAGAGACGGCUAGAAGAGAUUGAGGUGACUUUCCGAGAGCUUGAGAGACAGGGAGUAAAGCUGGAACGAUCCUUGAGAGAAGCGGGAGAAACAGAAUCUGAACUCAAGAGACAAUGGAUGAGCCAAUUGCUCUCCUUGGUCCACCAGAAGAACAGCCUGAUGUGUGAAGAAUCGGACCUCAUGAUCACGGUGCAGGAGCUGAAACUGGAGGAGCAGCAGUGCCAGCUGGAUCAGGAACUGCGGCAGUACUAUAAUAUGGAUGAAUCUUUAAAAACCCCAGAAGACCGGUUAGCAGAGAAGAAGAUCUUCUCCCAGCUGCUGAAGGUUGUGGAUGAGCGCAGUGCCCUGAUUGAGAUGCAGGAGAAAAAGCGUCUCAGUGAACUUCUUGAGCAUCCUCCAUUGCAGGACCUCCGAAAGAUAGGAAAGUGAGCUGGAUGGAGACCUGCUGAGACCAGGGGCCUUUGACUUUGGAGCAAAGUGCCAUUUUAGCACAGGACUAACCAGAGAAGCAAGCAGUGUUUUGGUGGCGCUAUCCAUGACAAUGCAGCCAGAUCUUUUAUGCAAAGAAAUGGCAGAUGCUGCUCAAACUGGCAUUGAAGCCACCAUGGCAAAGGUCUGGACUGCACAUCAGGUUUUUCUGCCACUGUAUCCAUCAUCAGCCUAGUUCAUGUCGGGGAAGCCCUGCUGGAGAUGGGGCCCUUGCUCCAGAGACCGAAUGUGUGCGCUGUAUUAUUUUUUAUUUAUUACAUUUCUGUGCUACCCAGAAAAUGGAAGCUUUCUGGACCGUUCAAAAAAAUAAAAUUUCAAAGCCAUAAAAUAGAAGAACCUAUUCCCUAUCCUCGGGUUAGGGCUUGAUUGGCUACUCCUUGGAGAAGAACAAGCUGGAUGUUGAUGCUCCACAUCAGCUACAGAGCUGUGAAUGCUUGAAGGAGUAGCAAGCUAGGGAAGAAUGCUUUUUUAAUGUAUUAUUUUGCCAAUAAGCCAUUUUACUAUAAUGUAUCUUAAGACUAUGACCAGUGUAAUGGCACGUUUGGAGAGCAAUUAUGGGUGGCAAAGCAUUAGUAAGGAGAGGAAAUACCAUCAAGGCUUCAACUGUGAUCCACUGCAGUACAGAGUUCUGCUGAACCUGAGGCUCUUCAGUCUGCAGUCGUUGUAACCCCUGUGUGUCAAAAGAGGGAUCCUAUUAAAAGAGCUCCUAUAGCUGGGGAGAAGGGCUGCUCUCUGUGCCUGAAUGGUAUUUGUCUCGGUCUGUUUUGCCACUGCCAAGAGAGCAAAUAUCCCCACUGCUCAGAGCAGGUUUGAAACAUACAGCAACCUGUCUGUGCUUAUUUCUUCCAACCUAGGGAGAGAGCUAUUCCGUUAGAGAAGAUAAAAGAAUGAAGGAAAAAACAACAACCCCAAAGCAAAACAGCUCAUAAAUGAUCUUUUUAAAAAAAGGCUGUUGCUGGGCAUUGACCAAGACUGGGCACAGCCUCCUAAUUCGACAUUUUAAAAUGUUUCUUUCUUGGACAAAGAAAAGCAGCCCUUGCAAGUGGUAGCCUAGCCAAAGAAUGUGCAGGAGGAUAAUUUUGGUGGGACUGUGGGCAAAAUUUAUAGCAUGUGGGUCAUGUUGGACCUCACAAUUGCCCCAAACAAAAAGCUUUGGGGGAUUUUUUUUAAAGGUGGGGAGGGUUUGUGAGAGCUCCCAACCUCUCUAAAGCAAAGCCCAAGAAAAGUCUUUUGGUCCCCAACGUUUUUGCCCUUGGAGGCCCUGUGAGUGUAGAGGGUCACAAAACGGCCGGGGGGGUGCAUUUUGCCCAUCUUUGCUCCGGACAGUUUCUGCCAUUUGUACCACAUGUCCACUCAUAACCGUGUAAUUCCCAGCUAUAAAACCACCCCCCUAUAACUUGAAUGCGUAAUGCUUCUAGAAGAAACACCACCUUGUGAGACAACAUAUUGUGCACAAGUGUGCAUAUAUCAUAAACGAAUCCUGCAAGAAGGCUACAGGAGAACUGAUGUUAACUUUGCUACUCUGUUGAGGAAAUGUAGGAUUUUGUUGUUGUUGUUAUAACUGGAAGUUAGUCCUGUCUGGACUGCUGUAAACCACUGUUCUUUUUACAAACUGUUCUCCUGUUUCAAUAAAGUUGCAUGGAGUGGA